AUGGUAGCUGAAGAAAACAUACACUUUCUAUUAGUUACAGUAGCAAUGCAAGGCCACCUGAAUCCCACAUUCAGGCUCGCCAAACGCCUCGUCUCGAAGGGUAUUCAUGUCACCCUCGCGACCAACGAUACAUCCCUCCACCAUAUCACCGAAAAUAUUACCCCUAAACCGCCCGGAAUCACCCUCACUUUCUUCUCGGACGGCCUUAGCCCUGAAUUUAAUCGCGUCGAUGAUUUUGAGUUGUAUAUCAAGUCGAUGAGGACAAUCGGAUCCAAAAACCUGUCAAACCUAAUUUCCAAAUUAACAACUCCGGACCGGAGUUUUCGUUGCAUUAUAUUCGGUCCGUUUACACCAUGGGUGGCGGAUAUUGCUGCCGAAAAGAAAAUUCCUUGUGCGAUGCUUUGGAUUCAAUCGUCGACUACUUAUUCAGUUUUCUAUAAUUUCUUGAAGAAUCCAAAUCUAUUUCCUUCGUUUGAAAAUCCUGAAGAAUAUGUAAACUUGCCAGGAUUACAGUUUUUACAGGUAAAAGAUCUACCUCCAUACAUUUUACCAUCUUGCCCUCCUGUAUUUUUUGAAUUACUGUCAGAUAUUGUUCACGCCAUAGAUAAGGUAAAAUGGGUUUUAGGUCAUUCAUUUACUGAACUUGAAGAAGAAGUAGUAAACUCCAUGGAUUUUCUUCAUCCUAUUUAUCCCAUCGGUCCAUUAGUGUCCCCGUUUCUCUUAAAUCAAGACGAAACGACGUCGUUAAACGAUAUUAAUGUUGAUUUAUGGAAAGCUGAAAAUUCUUGUAUAGAAUGGCUUGACAAAAAACCUAAUUCAUCUGUUAUUUAUAUAUCAUUUGGGUCCGUGAUUGAGUUCUCUCAGAAACAAUUAGAAAAUUUAUCCAUAGGAUUAAAGAACAGUAACAGACCAUUUCUUUGGGUUAUUAAGCCGAAACAGAAAAAUUCCGAUGAGAAAAAAAAACCUGAUGAACUGCCGGACUCUUUCUUGGUGAACACGAAAGCUAAUGGCAUGGUGGUGACAUGGUGUGAUCAAGAAAAGGUGUUAAUGCACAAAGCUGUGGGUUGCUUUAUAACACAUUGCGGGUGGAACUCGGUGCUGGAGGCGAUGGUGGCCGGUGUACCGGUGAUUGCUUAUCCCGGCGGGAGUGAUCAAGCGACGGUUGCUAAGUUUUUGGUUGAUGUUUUAAAGAUUGGUGUUAGACUGAAUAUUGAAGACGGGGUUGCGAGUUCAGAAGAGGUGGAGAGAUGUAUUAUGCAGAUUAGCGAUGGACCGGAAGCGGCAGAGAUGAAGAAAAGGGUUUUAGGGUUGCAGGAGUUAGCCAAGAAGGUGGUGGCGGAAGGUGGUUCUUCUGAUAAAAAUAUUAAACAGUUUAUUAGUGAUGUUAUUGGCAAGACAUUUUAA